CGAUAGCCGAGUGAUGAGACGAGUGGCAUAUGAGAUAUAGCCGAGCUUGAAUAAACCUUAUAACGGGUUACGGAAGGGUACCUUAGAAGACAAGACUAUCAGAUCCGACCCACCUUACCGUGGCUGGGAUAUAGGUUCUAUCGAUUGUGCAAUAGCCCCAUUUGUGUAGCAUAGAGCAGUGCUCGUUACACCGUGACAGAUAACGUGUGUAAUUGGCUUCCUAAAAGAUCGAUCACUUGAACUAGUCUUAUAUACAAGCCGAAUAUGGUUGAUUUUGACCUAUAGUCCCAGCUUGCGCUGGUGAAGGUAUCUUUCUUUUCUUUUUUCUCGCAUUUUCAUGACAAGCAGAACAUUCAGGGUUGGGUACGGAGUAACAAGCUUUUUCUUCUUGCUGACACUCGACACCUACCCAAGGGGAAGGCCAGCCGGCCCACUUCUACUAACGGGGACUAUCCCCACUAUCUACAUGGCAAUAAUAGUGGUACUUCGGUUACUGCAAUGCGUGCCUUUCUCUACGAGGCAAAGUCUUUCUCUUGACCUAGCUAGCGACUCUGACAGUUCCGGUCAUCCAUGGCAACGAAUAGAUCGUGUCGGUCAGGCCAAGUUGCCCCACCAUCCAGGGGUCUUGCAGGUGGAUAUCUCGCUACUCGGAGUAGACGAGUUCACUUGUUCUCGCAUAUUGAAUGCUAGAAAGACUCGAAGCAACUACAGAAUACACCGAUACUACUCAAAGACUCCUAAGGCCUUAGAUUACUAGGUACCCGCCGUACUAUCAUCGAUAUAUUUUUCAGUAGUAGCAACAGCAGUAG